AUGGGAAGGUAACAUCCCUCAGAAAGUCCUUCUUCAUAUGUAGUUUAAGGCUUGAUUGAUUUCUUGUUAUCAGAUAAUGAAAAGGCAAAAAAACUUCGCGAAAUUUUCGUUUUUACAAUAUGUCCGAUGGCCAAUCCAGAUGGAGUAAUAGUCGGGAAUUCUCGAACUAAUAUUUAAGGAGUAGAUUUAAAUAGAAUAUGGGAUGAAAAAAAUGAUUGUGAAGUUUAUUAUUUAAAAAAAUAUAUUGAAAAGAUUAAAGGAGGCGUUUUUAUGUUUAUUGACUUUCAUGCUACUUAUACUAAAAAAAAUUGCUUUAUUUCAGCUUAUAAAAAAAAUAAUUAUAAAAAUGAUAAUAACGAUAAUAUUGAUAAUAAUUAAAACAAUUAUAAUUAUGAUAAUAAUGAUAAUAAUUAUAAUAAUAAUAAUAAUAAUAAUAAUGAAAUUAAUGAAAAUAAUAAUAAAAAUUAUAAAAAUGAUAAUAACGAUAAUAAUGAUAAUAAUUAAAAUAACGAUAAUAAUGAUAAUAAUUAAAAUAAUGAUAAAAAUGAUGAUAAUGAUAAUAAUAAUAAUGAUAAUAAUAAUAAUAAUUAUAAUAAUGAUAAUAAUAAUGAUAAUACUUAUAAUAAUGAUAAUAAUAAUAAUAAUGAUAAUAAUAAAAAUAAAGAAAAUAAUAAUAUUAAUGAAAAUAAUGAAAAUAAUUAAAAUAAUGAUAAUAAUGAAAAUAAAUAAAAUAAUAAUGAUAAUAAUAUUAAUGAAAAUAAUUAUAAAAAUGAUAAUAAUUAUAAUAAUAUUAAUAUUGAUAAAAAUAAUAAUAAUGAUAAUGAUGAUAAUAAUGAUAAUAAUGAUAAUAAUGAUAAUAAUGAUAAUAAUGAUAAUAAUGAUAAUAAUGAUAAUAAUGAUAAUAAUGAUAAUAAUGAUAAUAAUGAUAAUAAUGAUAAUAAUGAUAAUAAUGAUAAUAAUGAUAAUAAUGAUAAUAAUGAUAAUAAUGAUAAUAAUAAUAAUAAUGAUAAUAAUGAUAAUAAUAAUAAUAAAAAUAAAAAUAAUAAUAAUAAUAAAAAUAAUAAUAAUAAUAAUAAUAAUAAUAAUAAUAAUAAUAAUAAUAAUAAUAAUAAUAAUAAUAAUUAAAAUUAAAAUUUUAUUGAAUUCGAAGUUUAAGAUUUUUUAAACAUAGGUAAAGAGAUAUGUGAAAAUUUGCUAAAAUUUUGUUUAAUGCAUAGUAUUAUGGUUGAUGAUGCUAAUUCUAAUAAUGGGUUUUUAUGUUUAAGAAGAGAUUAGAAAUAAGUCUUUUAGAGAUAAAAGUGGAAAGUGUAGUAAUACUUAUGA